AUGAGCAGCAACUUGCAGUUUAACACAUGCGGGGCAUUCACAAUGCGCCAGGAUUGUCACCUGUGUGAUAGCCCAACGCAACUUUACGUGCCGCAACUACGGCGGGCGUCACACAGGCCGAUGCAUUUAAAUACUGAUGGGUACGAGGUGAAGCGUUCUUCCUCUCCGGUUGCCCAUCCUCCUUCACGUCAAUCGUGGAUGGAAACGAGGAAAAUGGCCGUGACACUGGGGGAGCUCGAAGAGCUAUACCGCGCAAACAAUAAGAACCGCCAUGGCACAUGGAAGGCGGCGGCGGCGCAGGACGAAACGGACACCAUUAAAGAAGAGUGCAGAUGGUUAACGGAACAGCGAGACACGUUGGGGAAGAAAGUCGAAGAGCUUCAAAACCAGCUGAAAGAAGAGCGGAAAAAGAAUGCACGGUCUCCAAGCACCACGUUCUCCCUGCAGACGGAAGCCGAUACGACGCGCAUGAGUGGCCAACAACUACUGACAGCACUAAAAGAGGAAAACGUGGCAAUAAAAAAACAAAAAAAAGCCAUGGAGAAGUCACUGAGAGACACACAGAGCAACGCAAUACACUCCAAACACCAGGAGAGAAUUCUCCAAGAAAAAUACCGUGACGCCAAACAGGAAAACAAACGAUUAAAAGAAAAGAACCUUCAGGCUCAACAAAAUAUCGAACAUCUUACGCACCUCCUAAAAAUCACAAGGAUAGCAAAAGAAACUGCAGAAAACGAUGCUGCAGCAAUCGAAGAAGCAUUGAAACAGGCAGAGAACGACAUUGAGGAAUUAAUGCGCCAGAUAUCCACCUACAAAAAAGAAAAUCAACACCACAACAAUUAUCAUUUGGAAACUCAACCAAACACAAACCAAAAGGGGAAAAACACUCCAAAGCCAUUAAGCCAAACACAAGAGAACGAUAAUUAUGCAACAGUAACGCAAUUAGAAAACAACAAAAUAAAAGAGAAUCAAACAACUGUUGAAGAAUCAAGAAAGGAAAAAGAAGAGAAUACAACAACUCGUAAAGAAAAACAUGAAGCCACAAAGGCGAAAAAUCACCUGCAGAAGGAGAGGGAUGACGCCGUGGCGGAGAAUGCUGUGCUGCAGAGAGAGAGAGAUGACGCCGUGGCGGCGAUUGCCCAGGUGCAGAGGGAGAGGGAUGACGCCGUGGCGGAGAAUGCUGUGCUGCAGAGAGAGAGGGAUGACGCCGUGGCGGAGAAUGCUGUGCUGCAGAGGGAGAGGGAUGACGCCGUGGCGGAGAAUGCUGUGCUGCAGAGGGAGAGGGAUGACGCCGUGGCAGAGAAUGCUGUGCUGCCGAGGGAGAGGGAUGUCGCCGUGGCGGAGAAUGCUGUGCUGCAGAGAGAGAGGGAUGACGCCGUGGCAGAGAAUGCUGUGCUGCAGAGGGAGAGGGAUGACGCCGUGGCGGAGAAUGCUGUGCUGCAGAGGGAGAGGGAUGACGCCGUGACUGGGAUUGCCCAGGUGCAGAGGGAGAGGGAUGACGCCGUGGCAGAGAAUGCUGUGCUGCAGAGGGAGAGGGAUGACGCCGUGGCAGAGAAUGCUGUGCUGCAGAGAGAGAGGGAUGACGCCGUGGCAGAGAAUGCUGUGCUGCAGAGAGAGAGGGAUGACGCCGUGGCAGAGAAUGCUGUGCUGCAGAGAGAGAGGGAUGACGCCGUGGCAGAGAAUGCUGUGCUGCCGAGGGAGAGGGAUGACGCCGUGGCGGAGAAUGCUGUGCUGCAGAGGGAGAGGGAUGACGCCGUGGCGGAGAAUGCUGUGCUGCAGAGGGAGAGGGAUGACGCCGUGACUGCGAUUGCCCAGGUGCAGAGGGAGAGGGAUGACGCCGUGGCGGAGAAUGCUGUGCUGCAGAGGGAGAGGGAUGACGCCGUGGCGGAGAAUGCUGUGCUGCAGAGGGAGAGGGAUGACGCCGUGACUGGGAUUGCCCAGGUGCAGAGGGAGAGGGAUGACGCCGUGGCAGAGAAUGCUGUGCUGCAGAGGGAGAGGGAUGACGCCGUGGCAGAGAAUGCUGUGCUGCAGAGAGAGAGGGAUGACGCCGUGGCGGAGAAUGCUGUGCUGCAGAGGGAGAGGGAUGACGCCGUGGCAGCGAUUGCCCAGGUGCAGAGAGAGAGGGAUGACGCCGUGGCAGAGAAUGCUGUGCUGCAGAGGGAGAGGGAUGACGCCGUGGCGGAGAAUGCUGUGCUGCAGAGGGAGAGGGAUGACGCCGUGGCAGCGAUUGCCCAGGUGCAGAGAGAGAGGGAUGACGCCGUGGCAGAGAAUGCUGUGCUGCAGAGGGAGAGGGAUGACGCCGUGGCGGAGAAUGCUGUGCUGCAGAGGGAGAGGGAUGACGCCGUGGCAGAGAAUGCUGUGCUGCAGAGGGAGAGGGAUGACGCCGUGGCAGAGAAUGCUGUGCUGCAGAGGGAGAGGGAUGACGCCGUGGCGGAGAAUGCUGUGCUGCAGAGGGAGAGGGAUGACGCCGUGGCGGCGAUUGCCCAGGUGCAGAGGGAGAGGGAUGACGCCGUGGCGGCGAUUGCCCGGGUGCAGAGAGAGAGGGAUGACGCCGUGGCGGAGAAUGCUGUGCUGCAGAGAGAGAGGGAUGACGCCGUGGCGGAGAAUGCUGUGCUGCAGAGGGAGAGGGAUGACGCCGUGGCGGAGAAUGCUGUGCUGCAGAAGGAGAGGGAUGACGCCGUGGCGGAGAAUGCUGUGCUGCAGAGGGAGAGGGAUGACGCCGUGGCGGUUGCCCAGGUGCAGAGGGAGAGGGAUGACGCCGUGGCGGAGAAUGCUGUGCUGCAGAGGGAGAGGGAUGACGCCGUGGCGGCGAUAGCCCAGGUGCAGAGAGAGAGGGAUGACGCCGUGGCGGCGAUUGCCCAGGUGCGGAGAGAGAGGGAUGACGCCGUGGCAGAGAAUGCUGUGCUGCAGAGGGAGAGGGAUGACGCCGUGGCGGAGAAUGCUGUGCUGCAGAGGGAGAGGGAUGACGCCGUGGCGGCGAUUGCCCAGGUGCGGAGAGAGAGGGAUGACGCCGUGGCAGAGAAUGCUGUGCUGCAGAGGGAGAGGGAUGACGCCGUGGCGGAGAAUGCUGUGCUGCAGAGGGAGAGGGAUGACGCCGUGGCGGCGAUUGCCCAGGUGCAGAGAGAGAGGGAUGACGCCGUGGCGGAGAAUGCUGUGCUGCCGAGGGAGAGGGAUGACGCCGUGGCGGAGAAUGCUGUGCUGCCGAGGGAGAGGGAUGACGCCGUGGCGGCGAUUGCCCAGGUGCAGAGAGAGAGGGAUGACGCCGUGGCGGAGAAUGCUGUGCUGCAGAGGGAGAGGGAUGACGCCGUGGCGGCGAUUGACCAGGUGCAGAGAGAGAGGGAUGACGCCGUGGCAGAGAAUGCUGUGCUGCAGAGGGAGAGGGAUGACGCCGUGGCGGAGAAUGCUGUGCUGCAGAGGGAGAGGGAUGACGCCGUGGCGGAGAAUGCUGUGCUGCAGAGGGAGAGAGAUGACGCCGUGGCGGAGAAUGCUGUGCUGCAGAGAGAGAGGGAUGACGCCGUGGCAGAGAAUGCUGUGCUGCCGAGGGAGAGGGAUGUCGCCGUGGCGGAGAAUGCUGUGCUGCAGAGAGAGAGGGAUGACGCCGUGGCAGAGAAUGCUGUGCUGCAGAGAGAGAGGGAUGACGCCGUGGCGGAGAAUGCUGUGCUGCAGAGAGAGAGGGAUGACGCCGUGGCGGAGAAUGCUGUGCUGCAGAGGGAGAGGGAUGACGCCGUGGCAGAGAAUGCUGUGCUGCAGAGGGAGAGGGAUGACGCCGUGGCAGAGAAUGCUGUGCUGCAGAGAGAGAGGGAUGACGCCGUGGCGGAGAAUGCUGUGCUGCAGAGAGAGAGGGAUGACGC